AUGAACCUUCGUGCUAUCGUUGCCACCACUGUCGGCUCACUCGCACUCGUGAGUGGAGCAGUGAUAGACCACGAUACAGUCGUUCCCUUCGCGCAACCGACCCCCACCACGACGCUACAGACGCUUGCGGUCAAGUUCAAGCCGCAGAUCUACAUCGCCAACGGGUGCCACCCAUACCCGGCCGUCGACGAAGACGGUAACACCAGCGGCGGCCUCAAGCCUACUGGCAGCGAGAGUUCGGGUUACACUGGGUCAAGCCUCGGCAGUCAGAUCUACGGUCGCGCCGUGGAGUACGAAGGGGUCUACGCCUUCAUGUACUCCUGGUACAUGCCCAAGGACGAGACUCUACCCGGACUCGGCCAUCGCCACGACUGGGAGGCGUGCGUUGUUUGGCUCGACUCGCUCGAUGAUCCGAGUAUUGUGGCGCUCUCCGCCUCCUACCACAGCACGUAUCUGACGUACUACCCUCCCGACUCAGACUACCUGGAUGGCAACAGUGCCAAGAUCGAGUACUCGACGAGCUGGGUCAUCCUUGACCACUCGCUGUCGGCGACGUCGACUGCUGGCGAGACCCAGGACUUGAUCAUGUGGGACCAAUUGACUGAUGCAGCCCGCACUGCGCUGGAAGACACGGACUUUGGCAGUGCCAACGUGCCGUUCAAGGAGGCCAACUUCGCCACAAAGGUUGCAAAGGCGUACUACGCCUAG